AUGCCUUCUCAGACCGACUGUCUACAGCCUCCCCUCAGCCCUGCUGAACGGCAAAUUGUCAAGUCCUACGGUGGCUGGACCCAAUUCCUUCUCAGCUUUGGCCUUAAGCCUUGGAAAGACGAUGAUGAGGAGGAGGGUAUGAGAAUUCUUCGGGCUUUUGCUGCCGAUAAUGGAGAGGACUCUGAAUGA